AUGGAGGAGCAAAGAGAUUUACCAAAGAGGCCAUGGGACACCUGUCAAGAAGUCCCAAUCAUUGAAGAUGAACAGACACCGUGGAAAAUGAUCAAACUGCUGAAGAUGAUCUCUUUGUUUGCUGUAGCUUUUAUUGUGUUUGGAUCAGCGUUAUGUAGCAAGACGUCUUUCCUCCUCCUAAUCACGUUGUCCAAUGAAGGCACAAAGACUCUCCCUCCUGAACAGAAACCUGUUGCACUGCUGUGUAUCGGCUGCUCUCUCAUCGCCUCCAGUGUUCUUUUCUUUGAGUUUCUGGUUUCUGCAGGUGCAUCAAUUCUCACCAUCAUGGCGAUGCCACACUUGGACAUUGUGACCAAUGUGACAAUAUUCAACGGAGUAGCUGUCAUCUCUGCAAUCCUACAGCUGGUCGCUCAGUGUUCUGCCAAACAAACGAAACACUUCCUGAUGCCUUGCAUCUUUGGUUUAAUCUUUAUUUUGAUUGGUUAUGUCCUGUUUGUUCUUCUAUAUAUCAUGAAGGAUUCUUCUGAUAACAAGAUGAUCAUCUGGGUGGGGCUAGCUGUUGGAGGGUCCAUUUUGGUGUCUUUCAACUGGUGGGAAAACUACUUUCAAAUAAUCUCAGACAACAGCAGCUCCACUUUCCUCGGGAACCUUUGCAAAGACAUAACAAAGUGCCAGAACAUACUGCAAAUCUUCUCCAGCUUCAUCAGGAUUGUUGUGACUGCCUGUGUAAUUGGGGCCUAUGUCCCUCUAGCCAAAAUGGACUGGAGCAUUCUGACCUCCAUCCCAAGCCGUGAGACAAGCAUUAUAGCCAUCAUCAUUGGGGUCCAGCUGGUCUCCUCAGCAGUCUGCCACUGGUUUGCCUUGGUAGCCUGCAAGAUGCAUGCUCUGCGGCGAUGCUUCAUCCUUCCUCUAUACCUGGCCUCUCUGGCUGUUUUGGCUCUGCUGGUCAUUCCAGUUAUUGUUUACUAUCAGGACUACAGAGCAAGCCUGAAUGGAACAGCAAACAUCAACUUCACAGACUACUGUAAGGUGGCUGUUGAUGGAAGAAACCAAAACCUGAAAGACAGUGUGCUUCCAUGUAUGGUGCUGGAUGUUACAUACACUCUGUGUUUCCUUGACAUGUCCAAGAUAGCUGACAUUGGCAUACUCACAGGUACGGCACUGUUCUGGUGGAUUGGUCUUGUGUUGGUAACCCUACAUCUCUGGAAGCUCAAUGUGCACCGAAUACAGCGGACUCAAGACUUGUUCAUCAGGAGGUUGUAUGAGGGAGCCUUUAUUGAACAGUCCCUUCUCCUUAACACCAGAUUUGACAUCCACACUAAGGAAACAAUAAGAAAACUGGACAAGUACAGACCAAAAGAAGACCCAAAGAUCAACGAUUUCACCUUUGAAGCGCAAAUCUACUUUGAUGAUGCGUUUGAACAUGUUGAGGAGAGUUGCCAUCUGAAUGAAUACGCAAAGAAUCUCGUACAAGUUAUUCAAGAGGUUUAUGGCAUCUUCAAGAACGCUGAACAAAAGUUCUUCAGAAAGAAGCAGCAAGUUCCUGAUCAGAAAAUUAUACAGACGCCAUAUGGAGGUCGUCUUAUUGUCAACAUGCCUCAAGGAAACAACAUUGUGGUUCACUUCAAGGAUAAAGAACGCAUCCGUCACAAAAAGAGAUGGUCUCAGAUAAUGUAUCUUUACUAUCUCCUGGGCUGGAAACUCAUGACCAAAUAUUACAUUCAGAAGCACAACACCUACAUCUUGGCUUUGGAUGGGGACACUGACUUCCAGCCUGCUUCCUUGAUGUUGCUUAUUGACCGUCUCAGAAUAUACCCUUGCGUUGGGGCAGCAUGUGGUAGGAUACAUCCCACUGGAUCAGGUCCUGCUGUCUGGUUCCAAAAGUUUGAGUAUGCUCUCAGUCACUGGCUGCAGAAGACAGCAGAGCACGUCAUUGGCUGCGUUCUGUGUAGCCCUGGCUGCUUCAGUCUGUUCAGAGCAGAGGCCCUAAUGGAUGACAAUGUGAUGAAGACGUAUUCUACCAAGUCCACAGAGGCAAGGCACUACAUCCAGUAUGACCAAGGUGAGGACCGCUGGUUAUGUACUCUGCUACUAAAGCAGGGAUGGAGAGUCGAGUACAAUGCAGCUUCUGAUGCCCAUACCAAUGCACCAAUGGACUUCAAGGAACUCUACCAUCAGCGCCGGCGAUGGGGGGCUUCAACAAUGGCCAACAUGGUGGAUCUGCUGGGUUCCACAAAAAUUAUUUCCAAGAGGAAUCCAUCCAUAUCAAAACCCUUCAUGUUUUAUCAGUUUUUUGGUAUGAUUUCAGCCAUCCUUGCACCUGCCACCAUCUGUCUUUUGAUUGCAGGUAGUUUAUCCUUCGUUUUGAACAUCAAUUCUGCUGCUGCUCUUGUCAUAUCUGUGAUACCUCCAGCCAUCUACCUGGGUCUUUGCUUCAAGCUCAAGUCAGACACUCAAAUUACCAUUGCCGCAAUCUUGGGUGUCUGUUAUGCAUUCCUUAUGUUGCUAGUGACAAUUUCUAUUAUUGGAUCAAUGGUUAAAGCGAAAACCAUCCUGACACCCAGCAGCAUUCUCAUCAUCUCCAUGUCCAUCAUUUACAUAAUCACUGCAGCAAUCCAUCCUCAGGAAUUUCAUCUGCUGUUCUAUAGCUUUCCCUACAUAAUCUGCAUCCCCAGCGCCUACCUUCUGCUCACCAUCUAUUCCAUGGCCAAUAUGAACAAUGUGUCUUGGGGCACCAGGGAGACAAAACCAGCUGCUGGCACAGCCCCACCUCCAGCUCUCACACCACAAAUGAAAACACAAAAAGCCAAAGGCAUUUUCCAACAGCUCUUCUCAUGGGUCAAAUGCUGCAAAAAAGUCAGCCAGGGAAUUCAAGUUGACCAGCUCAGUGGGAGCCAGGACAACACAGCCCAAGAGCCUGAGCAGCUUGAAGCUGAAAACACUAUUGUGGAAAACAUAACCAUCACAGAAGCAGAACAGGGGCAAUUAAAACGCAACAUUCAAUCAGGCUGGAUUGAAAAGCUCCAGAGUUUGUCCAGUGACCUGACAUUUGAAGAGGACUCACUCGACCAGGAGGAAAAGAAAUUCUGGGAAGAACUUCAAAAGAAGUAUCUUGAACCUCUGCCUGAUGACAAAGAAAACCAGAAAAAGAUGGCCAAUGAGCUGCGAGACCUGAGAAACAAAGUCAACUUUGUCUUCUUCAUGUUAAAUGCCUUUUGGCUGGUGGCAACCUUCAUCCUCCAGCUCUUCAGUGACACAUUAUCUAUCAAGAUCCCAAAGUUAAACAUUCAGUUCCAGAAAACAGGAGAUGAUAUCCAAAUUGAUCCAAUUGCCUUCAUGUUUAUUUUGGGAUUUGCAGUUUCAGUUGUGAUCCAGUUCCUUGCGAUGCUAUACCACAGGAUUCACACCCUCAUCCAUUAUGUAGCUAUUGUGGACACAGAACCCAAAGCGAUGAAGAAACUUGAAAAACAGAAGUCAUACCUGCAAGGCAAAAGGCAUAGCUCCAGCUCUAAUGCAGACUCAAGCUACAGCUCCAUGAAGGACUUUGAGACUGAGGACAGCGAUGUUGAGUCAGAGGUCACCAGAAAGGCUCAUGAAGAAGAUGCAGUAUAA